AUGAGUAAACUUUUGUUUAGCAUUUUUGUCUUUUUUUAGUUAGCAAGCAAAGUGCUUGCAGACGUAGAUAUUAAAAUUUACAAUCUUAAAUACAGAAUAUCUGUUUAAGGUUGGCUUACUGAGUUCUAACCUUAGCAGGAUGGAUUUGAUGUAUGCCUUUAACUAGAGGGAGCAUGUUGUUUUUUUUAUAACUAAACAAUUACACCAACAUUAACAACUUUUAAGGGGUAAAAAGCUAUCCAAUUUUAGGGAAAAGCUUAAGGAUAUUCACCUUAAAAUUGCUAUAAUAACCAACUAACUAUCUUAGUUAUCGGAUCGAAUGGGGACUAAGAUCUUACUAGCACAGUUGGAUAAUACACCUAUGUUUCAGACAUAAAUAGUUCUACUGGAUAAUUGUAUGAAGGUGCUAAAUUUUAGUUUGUGCUUGAUAUAGAUGAUCAGCAAAGUCUUUAUGUGAUUAAGCUACCUUGUCUUUCCAACACUUACGGGGAUAAUAGCUCAUAUAAUUAGCUGCAAGUAUUGUUGCCAUCUACAACACUAUCACAAAUCAAAUAAGUGUCACUAAUAGCUCUAUUAAUAGUCUUUUCAAUACUUUGA